AUGCAUCUGUGCACAACAACCAGACACACAGAUUGGAAAGACGGAUUUCAAGAGAAUAAUUGCAUCUCCAGACACACAGAUUGGAAAGACGGAUUUCAAGAGAAUAAUUGCAUCUGUGCACAACAACCAGGCACACAGAUUGGAAAGACGGAUUUCAUAGACAAUAAAUGCAUCUGUGCACAACAACCAGACACACAGAUUGGAAAGACGGAUUUCAUAGAGAAUAAUGGCAUCUGUGCACAACAGCCAGACACACAGAUUGGAAAGACGGAUUUCAUAGAGAAUAAAUGCAUCUGUGCACAACAAACAGACACACAGAUUGGAAAGACGGAUUUCAUAGACAAUAAAUGCAUCUGUGCACAACAGCCAGACACACAGAUUGGAAAGACGGAUUUCAUAGAGAAUAAAUGCAUCUGUGCACAACAACCAGACACACAGAUUGGAAAGACGCAUUUCAUAGAGAAUAAAUGCAUCUGUGCACAACAACCAGACACACAGAUUGGAAAGACGCAUUUCAUAGAGAAUAAAUGCAUCUGUGAACAACAACCAGACACACAGAUUGGAAAGACGGAUUUCAAGAGAAUAAAUGCAUCUGUGAACAACAACCAGACACACAGAUUGGAAAGACGGAUUUCAUAG